AUGUUAUUUGGGUGGCCUCUUCAACACUCCCGCGGAUUAUCCUUUAAAGCGACCUUGCCAACAGAAACGAAAUCGCGGAACUCCAAAAACGUAAAUUCAAAGACCAAUAUAUCUAUCUAUCUAUCUAUCUAUCUAUCUAUCUAUCUAUCUAUCUAUCUAUCUAUCUAUCUAUGUUUUGACAUGAAAACCCCUUCUUUUUUCACUUACCAUUUUCUUCAUUUAUUUCCAUUUCUCAUUUUCUCUAAUUCUCUGUCUCUCUUUUCCUCUCUGUCUCUCUCUUCCUCUCUGUCUCUCUCUUUCACUCUGUCUCUCUCUUCCUCUCUGUCUCUCUCUUCCUCUCUGUCUCUCUCUUCCUCUCUGUCUCUCUCUUUCACUCUGUCUCUCUCUUCCUCUCUGUCUCUCUCUUUCACUCUGUCUCUCUCUUCCUCUCUGUCUCUCUCUUUCACUCUGUCUCUCUCUUCCUCUCUGUCUCUCUCUUUCUCUCUGUCUCUCUCUUUCACUCUGUCUCUCUCUUCCUCUCUGUCUCUCUCUUUCACUCUAUAUAAUUUUCAUGAAGUACAAUCAGCAUUUGUGGCAAAAGUAAUUUUCUGCAUUAAAAAAGCACAUAAAUGCACUUUCAAUGUGCAACUUACAUUAUUACAUUUCUAA